CAAAGGCGCUUACGGCAGGCCUUGUCGCAGCAGCAGCAGCAACAGCGGCAGCAGCAGCAACAGCAACUGUUUUAAGCACUCGCACAUACACUGGCACGCCCACUGGGCGUUAAGUAACAAGCAACAGCAACGGCAACAAGAACAAGAACAACAUGCUGAGCACAAUGACAACACCAGCCACAUUGCUUGAGUUUGGGGCAAUUGGUGAUGUCCCAAGCAUUUUGGAAAUAGAACUGCCAGCCAUAUUGUUCAACGAGAGCCUCUUCAUUGAACUGAAUGGCAGCCUAACCCAGCUGGAUGCUGGCAGCGGCGUCGGCAGUGGCGCCACCAACAACAUCAACAUCGGCAACAACAGCAGCAGCAACAGCAGCAGCGCAGCCAGCAAUUACAACAGCGGCAACUACAAUGGCAGCAUUCUGCUCAUCAACGGCAGCAGCGGCUACAACAGCAGCAACAGCAGCACCACCACCCAUACAGGCAGCAAUCUCACACAGCUGGAGGAGGAGCAACGUGUUGCCAAUGAGCGUGCCGCAGCUGAAUUUUGGCUAUUGGUCAAAAUGAUAGCCAUGACCGUUGUGCUUGGCCUAAUGAUACUCGUCACCAUUAUUGGCAACGUAUUUGUGAUUGCAGCCAUUAUACUCGAACGAAACUUGCAAAAUGUUGCUAAUUAUUUGGUCGCAUCUCUGGCAGUUGCUGAUUUAUUUGUUGCCUGUCUCGUCAUGCCGCUUGGCGCCGUCUAUGAGAUAAGCAACGGCUGGAUCCUUGGACCGGAACUCUGCGAUAUUUGGACAUCCUGCGAUGUGCUCUGCUGCACAGCAUCCAUAUUGCACCUGGUGGCCAUCGCGGCAGACAGAUACUGGACCGUCACGAACAUUGAUUACAACAAUUUGCGUACUCCGCGACGCGUCUUCAUCAUGAUAUUCUGUGUGUGGUUCGCUGCGCUGAUUGUCUCGCUGGCACCGCAAUUUGGCUGGAAGGAUCCCGAGUACAUGAAGCGCAUAGAGGAACAGAAUUGCAUGGUCUCGCAGGAUGUGGCCUAUCAGAUAUUUGCCACAUGUUGCACGUUCUAUGUGCCGCUGUUGGUGAUUUUAUUUCUGUAUUGGAAAAUCUAUUUAAUUGCAAGGAAACGCAUACAGCGUCGCACACAAAAAUCAUUCAAUGUGACAUUAACGGAGACCGAGUGCGAUUCGAUGGCACGUGACGUGCCCAAGGAGCAGGCUGGCAAACGUCGUUGGCGGCGCGAACAACUGGAGGAUGCCGAAAAUGAAGCUGGCCAACUGCAGAGACGUUCACGUAAACGAAUUAAGAUAUGCUUUGGCCGUAACACAAACACGGCCAACAUCAAUGCGGGUACCGAGGGCGCCGUGGCACGUUCUGUGGCCGCCAUUGCCGUUGACUUUGCCAGCCUGGCCAUUACGCGGGAGGAGACUGAAUUCAGCACCAGUAACUAUGAUAACAAAAGCCACGCGGGCACCGAACUGACGACCAUCUCUAGCGAUGCCGAUGACUAUCGCACGAGCAAUGCUAACGAAAUCAUAACGCUCUCACAGCAGGUGGCCAGCGCCGCACAGCAGCAUCUAAUAGCAUCCCAUUUGAAUGCCAUUACGCCGCUAGCACAAUCCAUCGCCAUGGGCGGCCAGCCAACGGCAGCAGAGGGGGCUGGCACUGGUGCCACAAGUCCCAGUGGCACAAUUGUUGGCCGGGGUGUACUGGCCAGCAUUGCCAAUCCACACCAGAAGCUGGCCAAACGACGCCAGUUGCUGGAGGCGAAACGUGAACGUAAAGCAGCGCAAACAUUGGCCAUCAUCACCGGCGCCUUUGUCAUCUGUUGGCUGCCCUUCUUUGUCAUGGCCCUCACAAUGAGCCUGUGCAAGGAUUGCGAAAUUCAUCCAGCAGCUGCAUCGCUAUUCCUCUGGCUGGGCUAUUUCAAUUCGACGCUCAAUCCGGUCAUCUAUACCAUUUUCAAUCCAGAGUUCCGUCGCGCCUUCAAGCGCAUUCUAUUUGGACGAAAGCAUGCGGCACGAGCGCGCAGUGCGAAAAUUUGAUUUCAACUGAAAACCAACGAGGACCAGUAUCUGUAAGCCACAACCUAAACCAAAGAGGUGAAAGCAAAAGUUACUAAGAAACUAACAAAAUGGAAAAAAACAACAGGCAUAACAAACUCACAUAAAUAAUUCUGUAUAUAAACUCAAGAGAUAUCAACUCAGAUGCCAACUGAUCACAAAUGGCAUGUAAAAAUGGAUAUGUAAAUGAAACUGGAUAUGGAAUUGAUGUUAAAAGGCAUUGCAGUAAAAUGAAACUAUAGUUAGGUGCUUAGAUUUAUAGUUUGUAGUGCGUUUGACGAUAUUUUUAGCAGAGACAAUCCUAAGUACAUGUACGCGAUAAGUAAUUCCUAAACCUACCUUAACGAAUAACACACACGUGCCCCAAACUAGCAACCGACAAAGAAGCAGAAAUCCAAAGCAAAUAGAUAACAAUUUUUAUAAGCUAUAUAGAAGAUGUUAGCUGUUAAGAGUAAUCACACAUACACACACACACAUACACACAAAUGUAUUCGUAUACGUAUUUGUAGUUGAUUUAUAUAUUUAGCUGUAUGUGUAUGUCUAUUUAAUUUGUAAUAUUUCUAAAGUCUUCCCUGUGUCUUAAAGAAAAUGAAAAUGAAUAAAUCUAGAUAUGUUUAGCAUAGAAGUUUAGCAAAGCUUGGAAGAUUGGCAAUAUUUGUUGUUUAGCAUUAUCUGUGUGUAUAUGUGCCCAAAAAUAUAUAUAGCUUGAUAUAUAUGUAUACAUAUGUAUAUGUAUAUCUAUUCCAUUACUGAUAAGGCUGGGUCCAACAAACUUUGUACGCUUUCAAUUGUUCUGUGUUAGUUCUCGUAGCAUAAGCAAAAGUCAACUUUUCUUAUCUUUGUUCGUGUUCAAUUAAAUAACUAAAUGAAAUAUUGGAAAAUUAGAUGAGAAUGGCAAAAUAUAAAUCGGCUAGCCGAAGACUAAAUACUCUUGCAGAGAGCAAGAUAAUCGGGUUAAUACAUGUCGAGUAAUUAUUAGCGCAUAAAAUGUCCUCCUAAAUAUCUAUAGCAUACUUAUAAGGGCAUAUAUUAUAAAGCAAGCAAACAAAACUCUACAACUUUACUGCAAGAGUAUUAUUAAAAUUACCUAUACUAAGCAAUUUGUAACGAAUUUACACACGCACACACAGACACGAUAUGAAAGUAUCUGAAUGUUGCCCCGAGCCAAUUUACGAGCGUAAAAUUCCAAAAAACCGUAAAACAAGAUAACAAAAAACAGUUCGUAAUUAAACUGAACAUACAAAAUAAAAAGCCACUUGAUAUGAUGUCGGAAUUGUGUAAUCAAAUUAUGUGAAUUAUUAUUAUUCACAUAGCCAAAGCGAAGUCAAACUUUUUGGCCUGGGCAACGUCAGGCACAGGGCCUGAACUGUGAGCACGUGCAAUGCAGCCGAGUGCUGAGCCAGACACUCACGCACACAUAUACAUACAUACAUAUACAUAUAUUUGUAGAUAUGCAUAUAUAUGCACCUUUCUUAUUUUUCAGCAAAAAAUAAAUAUCCUUUCGUUUAUUUGAAAAUUUGCAUAGUGCUGCACGACUAUUUUCAUGGCCAUGAAAUAAUUGCUUGAAAUAUUAAAAUACCGAGAGAAAAUAGCUCCUUUCAAUUAUGAAAUUAUUUACAAAUUAAAGCUAAAGUUCUCAUGCAAGACUUUGAGCAUUCUCUUAAAAUAUUGUUAAAAAUCCAUUUAAAAUUUAUAGACCUGAAAUAUUUCGUCAUCAUAAAUGAUUAAUUUUUUUAUGGAAUUUAAUAUAUAUCAUAUAAAUGAUAUGAAAGCGUACUGACCUGAAUCUCUUCAUCAUAAAUGAUUAUUUGGUUAUUUAAA